GCGUGACACAACGUUUGUUCGCUGUUGGUUGUGUUCUGCAAUUUGCAAUAUCAACCGUCAAAUUUCGUUUGGAGUUGUUGUUUGGAGCCUUUGUUUGAGCCAUUGUGCUGCUCCUCUCCUUGUUGUCUACCUUCCAUAUCCGCCCAUCUGCCUCCGCACAUCGCGUCUCUUGCAUACCACUACCAAGCCAGCAGCUCUUGAGCGCCCUCCUCCCCCCCCCAUCAUACUGCCCACAACAAGACAGCGACAACGAAAGCACAACCUCCACGCCUUUCACCCUCACUCAUAGAUACGAGGCGUCAUGAGAAGGCACCUCCACGCAUGUCCACUUGUCCUCCUAAUCUUCGUCUUGUUUGUCCUCGCCUUGAUCGGCUCCGGGGAGCUGCUUGCAGGCAAGGUCGAAUCAAUUCGCGCCCAAAGACAACACACGCUCAAUGGUGCUUCCCACAGCAAAACAAGAAACACCACCGCAAGCAGUCACACCCUCGCCAGCCGUUGCCGACAGGCACAGGCGGAGGUGGCCCGUCUGCAUCAGCUGCUGCACACGCUGCAAGAACUUGAAACACGGCCGAGGACACAAGAGCCGACUGAGCAGGAGCGUGGGCAAAUGAACAACACGCUUGACAUGGACUUUGUCACGACUCACCGCGAGACAAAUACGACUUCAAAAGGCCACACACAGCACACAACACGCAUACCCACGCCCUCGUUCGAUGAUGACACCACCCUCAAGCGCUUGGGGUUUCCUGCCCUCGACGACAUACUUGCUGCCGCGUGCCCCGACCUCUUUGCCUCUUCGUCAGCCAACGACUCCGGCAACGACGGCAGCGACAGCGGUUUGCGAUCCCGCCAACGAGCACGAACGUCAACACCACGAUCUGAUAGUGUUAACGACAGCAGCCGUGUCACGUUCGCAUCCACGCAUGCGCACAAGAGCGAGACGCCUAUGUCCUCUGGCCUACCAAGAGUGUCAAGGCCCAGACGCGACAGUGAAAACACGCUUGGUACUGAUGAUAUAGUCAUCGAUGAGGUGCCUUGUCGGCUGUCAACCCUCAUCACCGAGGGUACUUGCCCACGACCAGUCCACACCCUCCCUCCUGGCUCACCCCUCUCGCUCCUCGUCGACGUGAACAUGUUUGUGAACAUGACAAACGCCACGCGGGCAAGCGCAGCUGCUGGACUUUUGCAGCUCUCGCUCACGGUGCGACCACGCACCUUCACCGUGCACGGCGCCAACUUCACCUUGGGCACCUUGUCCUGGGUAUUGGAGAACGCCAACUGGGAGAGCGUCAGCACCAUAAACGUUCGCGGUGUGGUCACCAACCAUCUGCACCUCAGCAUCUUCAACCCACUCAGCAAUGUGACCACCAUCGCUUUCGCCAACAGCACGAUCGUCCACCUCUCGCAACGCGGUCCAAACGGCAACACCCACCCGCCCUUGGCUCGCGCGGCUCAGCUGACCCAUCUUUUCCUCAACCACAGCCACAUUGAGAUUGUGCACCAAGGCACCUUCGCCGGCAUGCAGUCGUUGGAGGUUCUCUCGUUUCACAGUAACCAGCUUACACACGUGGACAGCAGCCUGUUUGGGCAUCUCCCCAGCAUCCGCUUCCUCGAUCUCGCCUUCAACAGCAUCACCACAAUCGCAUCCAGGUCAUUCAGCGCCCUGACCACGCUUGCAUUCCUUGCGCUUCAGGGCAACGACGUGGAACAGCUGCCCGAUGACAUGUUCGUGGGCCUCUCACGCCUGCAACAGCUGAACAUUGGUGGUCUACCACUCACCGAGCUUCACCCGCAACUCUUGGCGCCUUUACGGCAGCUGCGUUCCAUCCGCAUGCGUUUCCUGCAAGUCACCGCUCUCCCCGCCACCCUCUUCUCCAACAACCGCUUGCUUGAGACAGUCAACAUGGAGCGCGGCCGCGUCCACACCGUCCCCGCCAACACAUUCGCAGGCCUCAACAACCUCGACUUUCUCGAGCUGUCGCAGAACAACAUCCCCUUCCUUGAUGCGGCCUGGUUUGGUGCCGGCGCGCCCAACCUGACGAGACUCUGGCUUGUGCAGAAUGAGCUGACCGACAUCUCCCCUAAUCUCCCGGCACUUCUGCCGCGGCUAGAAAGCCUGGGCCUGCAGCAGAACAUGCUCAACAGCAUCCCUGCCCAGGUGCUACGCGACCAUGACAGCCUCCGCAUCAUCGACAUCAGCAACAACAGGCUGCGCUCCCUUCCCGCCGGCAGUUUUGAGCGGCUGCCGCUGUUGAAGCACAUCAGCCUCGCCAGCAACAGGUUAACCACCCUGCCGUCGUUCCCGCUCCUCCCCAACCUUCAAUCCAUCCGCCUCAACGACAACCGGCUCAGAGAACUGCCCGACCUGCUGCAGUUCCCAGCCCUGAGGGAACUCUACUUCAACAACCACCGUGUGUCACACCUCAACCUCAAUGCCGUCGUGGACCUGACGGAGCUGUGGCGCCUGGAGGUUGCCGCCCACCCAGACAUGCCGCCAGCCACGAUCAAGGUCGCGCCAACUGUCGGCAACAAGUUGGCAACGCCGCUGCGCGUGCUGGAUGUGCGCAACGUGGACGUGCGUGAGGUUACGCCCCUCUUCUUCGACAAUGUGCGCGUGCAUCUUGGUGCUUUCUACGCUGGCUGGCCGGGCAUGGACGAGGCGACCGUGCGAAUGGAGGACAUUUGCCGCUUCCUGAAGCCGCUUGACACCACCUUGCAGCUGACCAACACCGGGUACAAGCACCUCAACCUGUGCCCCGACCACGUGUUUGACGUGCUACUGCUGCAGAACAACCCGAAGCUGGAGAGCCUGCGUGUGGCAUCGCCCGUGUCGCAGUUCAACGUGUCAGGCUGCACCAAUCUGCACGAGCUGGCACUGCCAACCGCGGACAUUCUCGACAUCAGCGGCACGCGCGUGCCCCCCGUGCGCUCGCUGUGUUCCCAGUGGGGCAGCGAGGUGGUGGUGGCGAGGAACUGGAAAAGUGACGCGCUCAUAGCAUCGCGCGAGCGUGUGCGUUCGAUGUUGGAACGGUGCUUUGUGUACAGCAACGUGCUGCUGCUUGAUCUCAGCGAUAACUCAUGGCUCGACAAACCCGGGCUGGUUGAGGACGCUACACUCGACCUGACCGUCCUCUCGAGCGACGAAGUGCUGACGCGGCAGUUUGUUGCGCUGGACAACAGGGCCAACAUACCCAUUGUGGAGUUGACGGGCACGCCCAUCUCGUGCCAGCUCGAGCUCACGCAUUUGAAAACGCGUUUGACCUCCAAUCUCUUGCAGCAGGAGUAUCGAUUGGCGUACUACCACGCCUGCGACUGUGCACGCGGGUAUGCCCGCAGCGGCGGCCGUUGCAAGCCCGUGACACGCGACAUCACAGCAGCGGUGCUGGGCACGCUGGCGGGCGUGUUUGCGUUCCAGGGCCUCUUGUUUGCUGUGUACUGGACGUACAAGCGGCAGCGACGCCUGCAGACGGACAACGCGCUCAAGGAGCAGCUGCUGGUGGAGCGAGACGCGGAGGUGAUGGCACUGAAGAAGGUGUGGGAGAUCGAGUACGAUGAGCUGAGGAUGAUCAAACGGGUUGCUGCGGGUGCGUGUGGCGUGGUAUUCAAGGCACAGUGGGACACGGUGACGGUGGCAGUGAAGGUACUGCAGCAAGGGGUGAUGAUGUUUGACGAGAGCACGGUGGUUGAGUUUGAGAAGGAGGUGGAGUUCUUGCAGCGUACACGGCAUCCACACGUGGUGCGGUUCUUUGGGGCGGGCACGGAUCCCAACGGCAGCCCAUUCCUUGUGCUGGAGUUUGUGGCGAUGAGGUCGCUCAAGGAUUUGCUGAGGAGGGAUCUAGAGGACGUGUUGGUGAAGGAGAAGAACAAUUGUGGGGAAGACAAUGCAGAUCAGGGUGUGACUGCAUCUGAUGUCUCGGAGGAGCUGACGCUCGUGAGUACAGCUGCUUGCGGUCUACCCGGCUCAAGCAUCUGGGACUUGAGAGUUCGACUCUUACGUGACGUCACCAGCGGCAUGGCCUUUAUUCACAGCCUCGACCAGAUGCACCGCGAUCUGAAGAGCGGCAACGUACUCGUGUCAUCAUCGCUUCGCGCCAAAAUUACGGAUUUUGGAUCCAUCCGCCAGUGCUUGACGCGUGAUAGGAACCAACAACAGCAACAGGGCACGCGCCUCUCUUCCACUUCCAGUCGCCAUGACGAUCCCCAGUACAGCCCGCGCACUGGACAGCAAACGAUGACGAGUGUGUCGCUAACAGCUGGUGUGGGCACGCCGCUGUACAUGGCACCAGAGGCACUGACAGGCGACAAGUACAGCUUUGAAGCAGACGUGUUCAGCUUUGGCGUGCUGAUGUGGGAGGUGGCCACACAGCGCGUGCCUGACCUGAUUGAGCAAGAGCUUGGGGCAGAGUAUACUGGGCCGAUCCUCGCCACACUCAGCGGCUUGAUGGCGGACGGGAAGCGUCUCAAGUUUGACGAUGGCAAAGACCUCGACGAUGCAGCCCUUCCCGAGUGGUUCAAGGCAUUGACAUACGAGUGCAUGGCGCAAAAGCCGGCCCAGCGGCCAUCCUUCAGCGAUUUGGAGCAGAAGCUGCAGCUCUGAACGCUUGUAUGCAUGUGUGUGCAUAUGUGUGUCAAUGGCGAUCUCGUGUUCGGCACUGGUGCCAGUGCCACUAUUUCAGUUCAUCAUUAGUCAUUGUGUUUGCGCGCACGAUUCGUUUUUCACCUUGAGUUUCAACUUCAUUCCUUCCAAC